CAUAUUGUUGGGGCAAUUUAACCCUUAAUGUUCUAACACUAUGGUAUCUUUGUAUUAAGAAAUGAAAUUCAGGUGGGGGCAAAUGCCCCCAUACCUCCUCAAGUGCAUCCGUGCCUGUUGGUAAACCCUUUCGUUCCUGGUUUCAGAAAGCGCCGCUCUGUUCGUCUUCACCGUCGUCAACCGCAAACUCCCACCUCGCAGUGGUGAAGCGGAGGGAAACGAUUCUCGCCGACGAAGACAACCCCUGAUCUUGAAAAAUCCAUCCUCGGCCUCUACGACGUCUCCUCCGACCUUAAAGCUGCCGUCAAAAACGAAUCCCUCCGCCUCCUCGCCGCCCUCUGCUACGCCCACGUUUUUGACGGCGGCUUUAAGGUCGGAGGAGACGUUGUAGAGGCAGUUGAGGAUGGAUUUUUCAAGAUUGUCUUCGUGGGCGAGAAUCGUUUCCCUCCGCCUCCUCGCCGCCCUCUGCUACGCCCACCCCCACUCCGCCGCACCCUACCUCACCAAAAUCAUCCACCACCUCCUCCGCUGCCUCAACGACCCCGACUCCGCCACACGCGACGCCUGCCGCUACACUGUUGGUGCCCUCUCUGAACUCUACCUCGGCAGCCCCAAUUUCAUCGCCUUCACUGUACUCUUUGCCUGUGGUCGCUGGAUUAUCACAGGCCGCUGUUGGGUUAUUGUUUUCACAGAUCACCAAAUUACCAUUUUAUGGGAAGUACAUUAAGAAAACCUUAAGAGUUAAUUGAAUUUUGUUGUAUGCUGGAGCAAUUGCACCCCAAAGCUUGGAACAUUUUCUACCUAGCAUUCAUGAGUGCCUUACCAGUAGUGAUUGGGCAACACGUAAAGCAGCAGCUGAGGCAUUGAGUUCCUUGGCUUUGCAUCAAAGCAGCUUGGUUACUGAUAAAACAGGACCCACACUAGCAGCACUUGAGGCCUGCCAGUUUGACCUGAUAGAACCCGUGAGAGAUACCAUGAUAGAGGCAUUGCAAUUGUGGAAAAAGAUUGCAGGGAAAGGAGAUGGAUCUCCUAAUGAUGGUGGGAAUCCUGAAUCAGCUGUUUCGUCAGAAACAAGUGACCUGAAAAAAGAAAAUUUUGAAGAGAGGAAGUCUGAUCCCCAAGUAAAGGAACCAUCAACUAGUUCUUCAAACACGGAUUUGACUACUAAAGCCAAACCGGCUGGCAUCUCAGAGAAGGCAGUUGUAAUAUUAGAAAAGGAAGCUCCUGUCUUGAGUGAUAAGGAACUAAACCCAGAGUUUUUCCAAAAACAUGAAAAAAGGGGCUCAGAUGAUUUACCAGUUGAAGUAGUUGUUCCUCGUAGAUGCCUCAAUUCUUCAAGCUCAAACAAUGAGGAAGAAUCAGAGGCAAGUGCAAAAGAUUCAAAAGAAGGAAGAACUUCCAUUGGAAACAUCCCAAAUGAUGAUUCCAGACAAAUAUUAAUGCAGGUGGAAAGGCUACAUGUUGAUAUGAUGAACAGGUUGCAGACUUUCAUGGAUCAAUCUCGUGAUAGUAUGGUGUCUCUAGAAAACAGCGUAUGGGGACUUGAGAGAACUGUUGAAGCCAAGUACAAUGGUUUUAAAGAUUACUCCAAUGCUAAGUAUGGAAGAGAUGGCGAUGGUCGUACUCGUAUCCAAUUUGGUGAAAGAUUUGCCCAAUAUGGAAAUGCUUUCGGAACCUAAGAGUCAGAAGUGAAAGAAUAUAUCCCCUUACAACUAACUCGUUGCUCUGUUUUCCCAAAGUGUACAAUGCAAUGGCAGAAUCUACUUAUCCGGACUUAAAAAAGGAAAUUUAAACAGAAGAAAAGUCAUACCUGUUGAAUCCAAGACAAGCAGAAUUCAUACAGGCUCGGGUCCUCUAAGGAUCGUCCAAUGGUUUCCAAGACCUUACAUGAAGCCUUAUUUGAAAGUCUGUCCAUUACCGGGCCCGUUACAACCAUCAGUUUUAAGAGCAAAAGAUUAAUUCUAAGGGCCAAAACUUCUGCAAAAGCGGAAUCUACAUCAUCUGUUUGAAGGGCAUGCAUUGCUUUACUCCAAGAACUCAAUACGGAAUUCUCAUCUCUGCGAACCUUGUCACCAGCCAUAGCUUUUGCAGUCAAUUCAGGGAUUGCUACUCUUGUUUCUCUAGAUGUUCCAUUGUCUUCACCAGCAAUUCGAAUUGCUUCCAAGGCUUCUUCACCCUUAGAAGCUUGCCAGAUGGGCAUUGCUGUUUUCUCCUGAGAUCUCCUGCUCCCCCUUGAUCACUGUCAUGGACUGACUUCCAUGGUCUUCCAUCAGCAGAUUUCCUCAAGAUGGGCUUUUACUGGUAGUUCUUCUGAUGGAAGACCAUGGAAGUCAGUCCAUGACAGUGAUUAAGGGGGGAGCAGGAGAUAUCAGGAGAAAACAGCAAUGCCCAUCUGACAAGCUUCUAAGGGUGAAGCUACCUUGGAAGCAAUUCGAAUUGCUGGUGAAGACAAUGGAACAUCUAGAGAAACAAGAGUAGCAAUCCCUGAAUUGACUGCAGAAGCUAUGGCUGGUGACAAGGUUCGCAGAGAUGAUAAUUCCGUAUUGAGUUCUUGGAGUAAAGCAAUGCAUGCCCUUCAAACAGAUGAUGUAGAUUCCGCUUUUGCAGAAGUGUUGGCCCUUAGAAUUAAUCUUUUGCUCUUAAAACUGAUGGUUGUAACGGGCCCGAUAAUGGACAGACUUUCAAAUAAGGCUUCAUGUAAGGUCUUGGAAACCAUUGGACGAUCCUUAGAGGACCCGAGCCUGUAUGAAUUCUGCUUGUCUUGGAUUCAACAUGUAUGACUUUUCUUCUGUUUAAAUUUCCUUUUUUAAGUCCGAAUAUGUAGAUUCUGCCAUUGCAUUGUACACUUUGGGAAAACAGAGCAACGAGUUAGUUGUAAGGGGAUAUAUUCUUUCACUUCUGACUCUUGGGUUCCUAACAGGUCUCUAGUUGUGGAAGCCAUUGAUGUUUUGUUGAGUCAUGUUAGUUGGAGGACUUGCAUACAACCUGUUUCUUAUGUAUAUUAUAAGCUAGACAAUUUACUUUUAGUCCCAAUGACAUAGAUCGCCCCCCGCCUUGUUGAAGAUCA